UGGGGGCAAACAAGCGGCGGUCGAGGCUGUAACCUGUCCACCUCUCUGUGGUCGGAUUUUCAAUCCUCAUCGGACGCUGACAGGCAUGGCUCUGCCGCUUCUGCCUGGCAACAGCUUUAACCGCAAUUUGGGAAAGGAGAAGUUUCAUAAAUCCCAACACUGGGGCUUUUGUAACAAUGUCAGGAUGCUGGUGAGUGAUGAGAAGCCUGGAAUAGGUGGAGACCCGCUACCUGGACAAAAGAUAAAGCCUAAAAACACUGUGUUUCCGAAAGGAGAUGGAGCCGAUGCACCAUCCUGGGCAGCUUUUGAUAAGCAGGUAUUAUCUUUUGAUGCCUAUUUGGAAGAUGAAGUGCCUGAUAAAAGGCAAGAAAAGUAUAGAAUAAGAUACUUUAAAAUCUAUUUCUACCUUGAAGAUGACACCAUUCAAGUAAAUGAACCAGAAGUGAUAAAUAGCGGACUGCUUCAAGGCACUUCUAUCAAACGCCAUCGGAUUACUCUCCCACCUCCUGAUGAGGAUCAGUUUUAUAAUGUGUUUCACUUCAAUAUCAACGCAGAUGUUGUCUUCUAUGGGCGCACAUUCAGGAUUUAUGAUUGCGACAAAUUCACAAAGAACUUUUUGAAGAAAAUAGGAAUCAAACUGAAUCCUCCAUUACCGCGCCCAGUAGAUCCCUACAUGAAGAUGCGAAGAGAGACAUUAGAGUUUGUGGAUCCCUUUCGCCCUUAUCAGUCCUUUGACACCCUGAAACGGUUCCUUCAGUUUGAUGGAAAGGUUUUGCGUUUCUUCUGCCUGUGGGAUGACUCACACUCACUGUUUGGUGACCGUAGAGAAUUAGUCCUACAUUACUUCCUGUCUGACCAUACUAUUGAAAUCAGAGAAUUACUGUCACUUAACUCAGGCCGAGAAGCUACGUCAUCAUUCCUUCGGAGGAGCAAGCUGCCCAAGUACGGCCCACCUGGAAUAUUUCAACCAGGCCAGAUAACAGACCGAGCAGUCCUCAAUGUGUAUGGGGGCUUGUCAGAAUGGCGAGCAGAUGGCUAUCUGUUGGAUAAAUACCAGCUAGGAAAAGUAGAGCAAGAGUUUUACACAGAUCGAGACCUGAAAAUAGGUGCCACCAUCAAUGUGUGGGGAAGGACAGUCCUCCUCUGUGACUGUGAUGAAUUUACCAAGACCUAUUAUAGGACAAAGUAUGGAGUUGAUGAUUUUACCGCUAUUUCAUGCAAGCCUCCUCCUCUUCCAAAAAUAGAAAGGAAAUACCCACCUUACACUGGCUUUGGGUCUGAAGAGGAUUCUUUCCGCUCCUGCGUAGGCCUCAAGCCCACACCUCAUCGGAGGAACUUCAAAAAGUUGAUGGAACUAGACAGCUAUGGAAACAUAAGUAACACGCUCCGGUAUUUUGCAAAACUAGUCACAGAAAAAUGUGCCGAUUUUGACAGGAUGUUUGUUAUUGCGUUUUAUCUUGGUGAUGACACAGUUUCAGUAUUUGAACCUAUAGAGAGGAAUUCCGGGAAUGCUGGUGGAAUGUUCUUGAAAAGAAGCCGUGUGAAAAAGCCCGGACAAGAAGUCUUUAAAAGUGAAUUUUCAGAAUACAUCAAGGCUGAGGAGCUCUAUAUUGGAACCACAGUGAAUGUGAAUGGCUACCUGUUUCAUCUGCUUAAUGCUGAUGAGUACACCUUAAAGUACAUGGAGAAUAACACAGACAAGUAUCCAUACAGCAACUUUGAACUUGUCAUACAAAAGCUGAAAGAAGAAAAAUCUAAGUCAAGAGAGAUCAAGCAGAUAUUUUCGGCUGCUGACCAUAACCACACAAAGGUGUUGCCUUUUAAUACAUUCAGAGAAAUCCUGAUAAACAUAACUAGGGGGAAGCUCAUAGAACAGGAGCUCAUAACCAUUGCACGUCACUACCAAGUGCCUAUAAUCAUGGAUCCUGACAUAACUUACUUAAUUGCACAAGCCCAUGAAAAGUUCAAGAAAAAUAUGUAUGAGAAUUUCGAUGUAUUCAUUCAUAACUGUGUGUAUGAAGACAGACAAAAAAAAGGUGUGUUACCCACCAAAGACAUCAAAAGGAUGUGCAAAUCUUCCAGGUUACCUUUGAAUGAUGACCUUCUAGAUAGCUUACUGUCCAGGUUUGAAGACAAAGAACAACAAAUCGAUUACGGGAUAUUUUUCUCUGUCCUGAACUGGAGAAUGAAUCCAACACCUGAAAUACAAUCCCCACCAUACCUUAAAGAGAAAUGUGAAGACAUUUGGACAGGAAUGCCAUCACCUAUUCCUGUAAAAUUCGUUCGGUACUUUGACUUUUUGGAGGACGUGUAUGGCUUACAGGACAACUGACCGUGAAAGCUUCAAUCAACUCUUUGAUUUACUGUUCUCAUUCUGCCAUGUUUAUUUUACUAGACAUAAUUUCAUUAAAAACAAAAAGAAGCAAGUUUUAUUUUAAAUGGAAAUCCAGGAACUACAUUUAAUCUCCUGUCACUGUAGUUCUUCAGAACAGCCUGCUAUAUUGCUGUCAUACCAGCACUAUUAAAAAUACCAUUGAAAACAAUGUAGACCAUUUUUAUUGUAUGUAUUAUUUAUGAAUACCAAAGAAUCUUAUAAUAAUUUCCAUCUAAUAUAAUUUGAUUCAUUACAAUGUGAAAAGAAAAUGAUUUUUGACAGCUAUGCAUGACAAUAUAAAAUCAAAUUAUAUCAGAGCAAUAAGUUGUGAUUCUGUUAAGCAUUUUUGAAAUCCUUUUGACACAUGUUUAUUACUUACAUAAUUAACUUUUGUAGCAACACACCUCAUCAAAAAUAAUUCUUAAACCUCUCUAGAGUGAGUGUUAUUUCUGAAGUUAGUGAAGUUAUGGGAAAAAACCUCUCUGCACACACACAGAGAGACAGAGAGAGAGAGAGAGAGAGAGAGAGAGAGAGAGAAAUUGAAACAUAUGCUGUAUUUAUAUUUUUAGUGCCUUUUUAUAUCUAAAAUCAACUUGCUAGCUUAGAAAUAUAUGCAUGUGGGUAUAAUUAGAGCAUGACCAAAAAUGUAUUAUGCCUAAAUAUGCCUAAAAUAUUUAGAGAUGUGAUUGUGGACGGUUUCAAGGGUUUGUUUUGGUUUGGUUCACGUACUACUAGCCUCUCAACCUCCAGGCCAAAGGUUUAACUGGUUUAAAAUUUACACUGGAUCUCUCCUGCAUUUCUCUGCUUUGAUUUUUUCCUCACACAGAAGAAAUCUUAUCAUAUAGUGUGGAUCUGAUUACAACCUAUCACCAUGGAGCUUCAGUGUCCAGAAUUCUUCUCUAGGCCAUGCCGGACUCCCAGUGCUGGGUACUGGAUAACAUAAAUCUGCUUCUUUCAGAGGCAGUGGGAGUCUGUCAAAAUGGGACUGUGCUUGUCAGGGGUCAUCCUGGGAAGAAGAGGAACCAAGGACAUUUCAAGGGUCCCCUUUUAUCUCUGUAUCCCUUCAUUCUGCAUUUCAAGUAUCCCCUUGUCCCAAAAUGAGUUGGCUUCUACUUAUGUAGUCCAGUUUACUUGACAACAAUGGCUCUUUCCUUUUGUUUUAAUCAAAACUAGUCAGUAAACUACUUCUCUCCAAAAACCUAGGACGUUUCAUGUGCACCAGUAGAACUGACCCCAUAGAGCUAGUCUUCACAAAAGAUACUAGAACAGUGGGCUCAUAAAACUCUAAUUUUUAUGGCUUGAUUUUUGUCCUCAUUUUUAAAAAAGACAACCAACAAUACCAAGCUAUUUUGUCACUUUAAGAUUUUUCUACUUCCCAGAGAGCAAGCUUUUAGAAGGUGUGAUACUUGCCUAGAAGUUUUCAAGCUGACACAUCUGUCACCUACCUAUUCAACCCUUCACUCAAUUGUCUUUCCCUCGAGUUGAACUGUAUAGAUAAUUUAGCCCUUGUACGAGCUUGUAAUGUAAUUCACUUAAGAAGCAAGAAGAAAAAGGAAGCAAACCAAUGAUAAUGUUCCUGAGUUCAUGGGGGUGACGACUAUUCAUUCUGUUUCAUGGAUCUGUGUCCCUGCCCUGGCAGUUCCUGGUUCAAGCUCACAAUUAACAAUAAAAUGGCCAUUAUAGGAUUCAUGCCGAUAAACAUGAUACAUUGCAGGCAUACAGACACUUUAAAUAAUUAUUUGUUUUAUAACUAAGCCAUAUACUGAAGGAGAUUUAUAAUUUAGAGAUAAUAUCCCCAUUAGUAAAGUUUAUGACCCAAUAAACAGCUCCCACUAGUUAAUAAAUGCCAAAGCCAUAAAAACAAAGACUAUUAAUGUAAUAGAAUUUCUGUGCCUCCCUCUCCUGCUGGUGGUCUUAAGACACUAAAGGGAAAUGCUAUCUUAGGAAAAACAUUUAUUCUCAUUAUGUAAAUAUCAAUGAAUAGUUUUACACUUGAGUUGGAAAUUUCCCAGCUCUCCUUGGUCCCAGGUGGUCCCAAAAUGCUGAUGUAUUCUGCUUAAGUUUCAAGCAGUAGAUAACCAGUUUCAGCACAAAUAAACUCUGUGACUCAAACCUUUAGGGCAGAUGGAGUUUCCACCUCUCCUCUUUCCUUCUGGAAAAGAAAAACUCUAGCUAGUGUCAUUGUUCCAAGGUAAUACAUUCAAAGUUUCUCAACCUUUGUAUAGACCUUUUUCUAACGCCUAACGUUUUCUUCCCUGUGGAGGAAGGCAAAUGUUACGUGUGGAUGUCGGGGUGAGUUGAAGGUUAAUGUAGGCAAACCUUUUGUCCUAUGAACUAAUUGUUUAUUAGUAUUCUUGGAGUCUUGGGAAAGAGUGAUAAAGUCAUUUGGAAGCCCAAAGCAAGUCAUGUCUCUUUGCACAAAUCAUUAAAAGCCUUUGAAGUUCACAGUAA